AUAGAGUGGGAGUGGCAGCAUAACUCCCCACAAUUCAUCUCCAAGUUUCAAUCAUUCCCACACAGAAGAAAGAGGGUGUGUAGAGAGAGAGAGAGAGAAGAUGGUUGAAGAGGAAUUCCGAAAGGGUCCUUGGACCGAACAAGAGGACUUCAAACUUGUGUCUUAUGUUGGCUUAUUUGGGGAUCGUAGAUGGGACUUUAUAGCUAAGGUUUCAGGUUUGAAUAGGACAGGUAAGAGUUGCAGGUUGCGAUGGGUUAAUUAUCUCCAUCCUGGUCUCAAACAUGGUAAGAUGUCUCCCCACGAACAACAACUUGUCAUGCACCUUCACUCCAAAUGGGGAAAUAGGUGGUCAAGAAUUGCAAGAAAGUUGCCAGGGCGAACAGACAAUGAGAUCAAGAACUUUUGGAGGACUCAGAUGAGGAAGCAGAAGGCACAGGAGAAGAAGCGUGCACCUGCAACCACACAAUCAUCUCCAUCAUCUUCGUCUACUAGUUACCAGUCCUCAUCUUCUUCCAACAAGGAUAUUGGGGAAGAGAGCUUCUACGACACUGGAGGGCAUAAUGGUAAUAACAACAACAUCACUAAUAACACGAUGGUGAAAGAAGAUGAUGGAAUAAUAAUUAAUAGUGAUAGUAACAAUGUUGUUGAUGAUGAUUACUCUAUGGAUGAUAUAUGGAAUGAUAUCGCCAUGUCUGAACAACACAACAACUUUAUUUCUUCUUCUUCUUCUUCUUCAGAACCACUGCCACUAUGGAUGAUCAUGGAUAAUCAAGAACAAGAACAAAGUAAUGCAAUUCUAUCUGUGAGGGACUGCAAUGAAUGGCAUACAUCACACUUCACACAUGUUUUUGAAAAUACCGUGUUUAUGAGGCGCAGAGAAAGGAAUAGCAAAAGAGGAAGAAUGGGUGGCUUAUCAAAACUGUAUCUCCUCUCUUACAACUCUCUUCAGGCAAUUGGCUGGGCUGUUUCGUCAUUUCAGAUUUUGUGCAACCUCCUAUCCACUUCUUCUGUCGCCGGAGCUUACUCCUCCGCUGGAAAAUUGAUAAGUUUUCUGCAAUGUGCUGCAUUCUUGGAAGUUAUACAUGGAGCCAUUGGGCUUGUGCCAAGUGGAGCAUUGCUUCCUCUCAUGCAAUGGGGAGGGAGGACACAUUUUCUGCUUGCUAUUGUUAGCAAACUUGAUGAGGUCCAGCAGUUACCUUCAGUUUUUAUCACCUUUUUCGCAUGGAGCAUAAGCGAGGUCAUUAGAUACUCACAUUAUGCUUUUAGCUGCAUUGGAAAUUGCCCUUAUUGGAUAACCUAUCUCAGGUACACUGCGUUUAUUGUGCUGUAUCCUUUGGGAGUAGGUCCUGGUGAAAUUUGGAUCAUGUACCAGGCACUUCCAAUUGUAAAGAAGAAGAACCUCUAUUCGGAAACCUUUUCAGGCCUCCCAUUUAGCUACUAUGAUUUCCUUAAGGUUGUACUUAUCAUUUAUCCAUUCCUUUGGCUCAAACUUUAUCUGCAUUUGUUCAGGCAGCGGCGUUCAAAACUCUUUAAGCGCCAAGAUAAGAAAAGAGCGUGAGGAGCCAUUGAUCUUGAUUGUUAUUGACACCUUGUUGAACUUCUGAAUUUGUAUUAUUAGUUCCAUAUACACACAUAGUUUCGUUUCAAUCAAGCUGAGAUGAUAACUUUCUUUAAUGAGGGCACUGCAGACACUGAUUUGUAUUUGCAUAUACGAAUAUUUUUCUGACUUACUGACAUUGUAAUGAUGCUAGCUAAUGCAGUUCUUGCUUGCUAGAGAAUGUGUAGUUCUGUAAACUCUGCUGAUUUCUACCUUUUGUGGAUUCAUAUUGAGUUAUUGACAUAUUCAAUAAAAUAGCUUAGAAAGUUAGCUUGUUCAAA